AUGUCCAAAAACGACACUGAGCCGCAUUCCGGGGCGGAGAGUGAGGAGGAGACUCAGAACAAGGUAGAAGAGGCUCAGGAAUUGGUCAUUUUGGAGCCCGAUGCUUUGGAUGUGGAUCUGAAUCAUGGGAAGAUUGCCAAGAUUGAGAACCUAGAGACCUUGGAGAGAGUAGAGACGUUGUGUUUGCGAUGGAACUUGAUUACCAAAAUCGAGAACUUGUCUACGUUGACGAGUUUAACCGAAUUGGACUUGUAUGAUAACCAGAUCACCAAGAUCGAGAACUUGGAUGCUCUGGUGAACUUGACGUCUUUGGACAUUUCGUUCAAUCGCUUGAGGAAGAUUGAAGGUCUGGAGAACUUGGUGAACCUGGAGAAGCUCUAUCUGGUGUCCAAUAAGAUUACGAAGAUUGAAAACGUGGGUCAUUUGAGUGAACUGAAACUUCUGGAAUUGGGCGAUAACCGCAUUCGAACCAUUGAAAACCUCGAGGGUCUCGAGAAGCUCAAGGAGUUCUAUAUUGGCAAGAACAAGGUGACUAAGAUUCAGAAUUUGGAAGCGUGUCCUCAUCUAGCCAUAUUGAGUCUUCAAAGCAACCGGAUCGUCAACAUAGAGGGUCUCCAAGCUCUGAGCGAGUUGGAUCAGUUCUACAUUUCGCACAAUGGGGUCGACACCAUUCAAGGCCUCGAUAACAACAAGGCCUUAUCCACCUUAGACUUGGCCGGGAAUCGCAUUUCCAAGAUCCAAAACCUCGACCAUCUGGAAAACUUACAGGACUUGUGGAUGAAUGACAAUCAGGUAUCGGAUUGGAAUGACAUCAACCACUUGGCCGGCCUCAAUCAACUCGGCACCAUCUACAUGGAACGAAAUCCCAUCCAGACUCAGAGCAGCGCCGAUUACCGGAGAAAACUCAAGCUUUCUCUUCCACAACUCACCCAAAUUGAUGCCAGUAUGUGUAGAUAACAAUUGAACUUGAAAUACAUGUUCUUUCUACA